AAGAGCUCCCACCUCCUCAAGCACCAGCACAUCCACACUGGGGAACGGCCCUACUCGUGUAGGGAAUGUGGGAAGAGCUUCAGGCACAGCUCCAACCUCCGCACCCACCAGCUCAUCCACACCAGGGAACGACCCUACAAGUGCUUGCAAUGUGGGAAGAGGUUUCAACGCAACUCACAUCUGCUCAGGCAUGAGCAGACACACACAGGGGAGAGGCCCUUCCACUGCACCGACUGCGGGAAGGGCUUCAAACGCAACUCCCACCUCAUCAGGCACUGGCAAAUCCACACCGGGGAGAGACCCUGCAAGUGUGGGGAGUGUGGGAAGAGCUUCAGGGACAGCUCCCGGCUCCUCACCCACCAGCGCAUCCACACUGGGGAACAGCCCUACUCGUGUAGGGAAUGUGGGAAGAGCUUCAGGCACAACUCCAAUCUCCGCACCCACCAGCUCAUCCACACCAUGGAACGACCCUACAAGUGCUUGCAAUGUGGGAAGAGGUUUCAACGCAACUCACAUCUGCUCAGGCAUGAGCAGACACACACAGGGGAGAGGCCCUUCCACUGCACCGACUGCGGGAAGGGCUUCAAAUGCAACUCCCACCUCAUCAGGCACUGGCAAAUCCACACCGGGGAGAGACCCUGCAAGUGUGGGGAGUGUGGGAAGAGCUUCAGGGACAGCUCCAGUCUCCUCACCCACCAGCGCAUCCACACUGGGGAACAGCCCUACUCGUGUAGGAAAUGUGGGAAGAGCUUCAGGCACAUCUCCAACCUCCGCACCCACCAGCUCAUCCACACCAGGGAACGACCCUACAAGUGCUUGCAAUGUGGGAAGAGGUUUCAACGCAACUCGCAUCUGCUCAGUCAUGAGCAGACACACACAGGGGAGAGACCCUUCCACUGCACUGAGUGCGGGAAGGGCUUCAAAUGCAACUCCCACCUCAUCAGGCACUGGCAAAUCCACACCGGGGAGAGACCCUGCAAGUGUGGGGAGUGUGGGAAGAGCUUCAGGGACAGCUCCAGUCUCCUCACCCACCAGCGCAUCCACACUGGGGAACAGCCCUACUCUUGUAGGAAAUGUGGGAAGAGCUUCAGGCAAAACUCCAACCUCCGCACCCACCAGCUCAUCCACACCAGGGAACGACCCUACAAGUGCUUGCAAUGUGGGAAGAGGUUUCAACGCAACUCGGAUCUCCUCAGGCAUGAGCAGACACACACAGGGGAGAGACCCUUCCACUGCACUGAGUGCGGGAAGGGCUUCAAACGCAACUCCCACCUUGUCACCCACCAGCGCAUCCACACCGGGGAGAGGCCCUACAAGUGUGGGGAGUGUGGGAAGAGCUUCACCCACAGCUCUACCAUGACCAAACAUGAACGGACCCACCAGUAAGGGAAGCCCCACGAGUUCCCUGACUGCGGGAAGAGCUUUGGCUGCUGCUCCCACCUCGAAUGA